GCGGGUCAGGGGAGCCGGGGCGUCCGCGCAGGCCGCUGGGACCCCCGCGCCGCCGCCGCCGCCAUCAUCAUGUACCGCUCCAGCAGCGGCCGCUCCGGCCCCUCGUCCUCCUCCCACCGGCUCAAAGAGGGCGGCUCGUCGGCGUCCCGCGCCUCCCGCUCGGGGACGUCGGGGCCGGGGCCAGGCCGCGGCCGGCCUCCCCCGCCGCCCGCCGCCGCCGCCGCCGCCUCGCCGCCGCGCUCCGCUUCGCCGCGCCCGCCGCCGCGCCGCCACCGCUCGCCGUCGGGCCACCGCGGCUCCUCCCGCCGCUCCCCGUCGCCGCACCGCAGCAGGAGGUUGCCGUCGCCGCCGGGAGCGCCGGGGCCCGGGGCGGCCCGGGGCCGCCGGGGCAGCGAGCACGGAGACAGCAGCAGCAGCAGCCGGAGACGUUCACCGAGUCUCCGCUCUGAAUCUUCACUGGAGCAGAGUUUGCGGAUUACUGUUGGUAAUGACCGGUAUUGCAUUGGCACACCAGAGCGAAGGAGGCUGCCUGAUAGACUGGGCUCACCAAUUGAUAACCUGAGUGACAGGGAUGACAUGGCGGAUGGUCCAAUAUUCACCAGAGGUCUCUCAUGCCCUCGGGGCCUUGAGAGAUACCCAUCACAUGAAAAUCAACCAUCAAGUCCCUUCACCAUGAGACAUGAUGAAGACUACUGUAACCGAGAUGUUUUCCUCCACCGGUCUGAUUAUAGUCCACACUAUGGUCGUCGAGAAGAGCUGCCUCGUGGAUCUGAUAGAGACAGUGACAAACUCAGGAAAUCCUCCUAUCCGUCAAGGCCAGAAGAGAGAGGACGAGAAAUAAAGCGGCCGCGAUAUGAAAAGGAUGAGAAGAUCCAUGGUGUGAGUGGAGAUCAUCAAGGUUUCUCAUCAGGAACACGAAACUAUCGCAGACGAAGCCGCAGUAGGAGCCCAAGCCCAUCCUACCUAAAUGAAGAAUUCAGAGAGCUUGACCGUGCCAGGAGGAAAAGAGAAGAAGAAGAGCGCAAUAGAAACUUGAAUCAUGAUCUUUCAGAGAGUGGUUAUGUGAUCCCUGGUUUGACUAACACACUACAGACUUCCGAGCCUCGAUACACAUAUAGGCCUGAGGAAAUACCAUCCAUGCCCAAAAAAUCAAUUUUGAAGAAACGAGUGGAGAUGGAAGUAGAGUCUCCUGUUCAGCCUGAAGGCUUUUCAAGCAGUUCUGCUCCCAGCAAAGAGCCUCCUCUUCUUUCUAGUCAUUCUUCUUUGUCCCAGAGCAACGACGUGGCUCCUUUUGCCUCUGAAGUGGAGAACUUUCUCAAACGGUUUAACAAAGACUCUGUCGUGGAGUCUGCAAACAAGGAGCUGCAUGACGGUUUUUAUGAGUGGACCCCACUUUCUGGGACUCCAAAGGACACUUUCACAUUUGAAGAAAAGUUUGGGAGCUUCUUAAGUCACAAGGAGAAAGUAGAACCCAAGUCAGACCCUGCUGAUCGCCAUACUGACUUUUUGCUGCCUCAUGAGAGAGCCAGUCAGGAUGGCAGUGGUUUCUCCCGAAUUCUGGGCAUGAUGGCUGAUUCUGUCAGUGCUCAGGAGAAGAGGAGACGUAGUUUUCCUGACAUUGAAGAUGAAGAGAAAUUUCUUUAUGGUGAUGAGGAUGAAGAUACCAAAACUGAAUCUGUCCCUGUUCAGAAGAACCCAGUGAGUUGUGGUAAUGAGAUAAUAAGCCAGAAAGUGAGUCCACCUCCUUCUGCUGCUCCAGCUGCCAAGCUGGAUGCUUUAGAAGAGCCUAAUGCUGAGUACGCAAAGAUCCAUGACUUACUCAAAACUAUUGGACUUGACAUUGGUGUAGCUGAAAUUGGAAAACUGGCUGUUCGUACUCAGGAACGCCUUCAUGGCAAGAAGUUGGCAUCUCGUUCUCCUGAUCGUCGCUCUUCAGAUCCUCGCAGACUGGACUCAUGGGACUUGCGUCGUAGCCGGAGUGAUACUCGAUCUCCAGAAUCAGGCCAGCAGCGCUCAGCAUCACCUCCUGUCUCUUUCCAGCAGUCUAAAGAUGCAUCCGCUCUUCAAAAAACAGAAUAUAAUAAGAGCAAACCAAUGGGACAGGAGAUACCCCCAUGUGCACCAGAACAGCCUCUUCCUUCUGUCUCUCUCAUUCCCUCAGUUCCACCUGCUCCUGCUAGUUUACCACCUACACCCACUUCUGUUUCACAGUACCAAAUACCCAAUUAUUCCCAGUUCACAGCCACUCAAAUGCCCCAAAACUAUCCACCUCCCACAAUGGCCCCUCCAGGAUAUGAUGCAUAUGGGCAUUAUAUGGCUUAUGCAGCCCCUGGUUGGCCCAUGUACCCCCCUACCCAACAGCCUAAUCCUACGAUGCCAGAGGCUCAUGGACUUCUUACUAUGGCCAUGUCAGCAAACCCGACACGUCCUAAUCUCCGAGUGAUUGAGACAGUCUCUAUGGGAAAAGAUGUCCCUGAUUUAAAAAGAGAUGGUUCCGUGCUUGUUCAUGUCCCCACUACUCCAGCUCACUCCAAGGUACCCCUUCGACUGUCUUCACACCCUCUCAAAAAUACCACAGAAAAGAUGUCGGAUGAAAAAAAUAGGGCAGCUCAGAAGCAGAAGGUGAUAGAAGAGAGAGAAAAACUGAAGAAUGAACGGGAAGCACGGCAGAAGAAGCUUUAUUAUUUAAAGACUGAAUUGGACAGGCUUCGUAAACAACAAGGAGAGAUGUUGAGGAAGAAACGUCGUGAGAAGGAUGGACACAAGGACCCCUUGUUAGUUGAGGUGAACAGGCUACAAGAAAAUAUUAUGAAAGAGAUUUCAGAGCUGCAUAAAGAAUCUGAUGCAGCAGAGAAGAAACAAUCUGAGCUUGAUAAAGUAGCCCAGAUCCUGGGGAUUAACAUAUUUGAAAAAUCCCGGAAACCAUCUGUGGAAACGAAAGAUUCCUCAGAAAAGAACAGCAAGUCAGACAAUACAAAAGGUCUGGAGAAAACAUCUUCCUCCAACAAGGAGUCAAAAACGACUAAUGAAAAAUCCAGAGGUAGAAGCCCGAAGCCAGCAGAAUCCUCUUCACAGUCGUCCAAACAUCCUUUCCAGCUGGCCAAUAUUUAUGAAUAUUAUGAUGCAGGGAACCAUUGGUGCAAAGACUGCAAUACCAUCUGCGGGACCAUGUUUGACUUUUUCACACACAUGCAUAAUAAGAAACAUAGACAGACCCUGGAUCCUUACAACAGACCUUGGGCUUUGAAGACCCAGAGCGAGACCAAACAAGACUCCAUAAAACGCAUUGAUAAGAUAACUGUUCCUGCCAAAGGCUCUGAGUUUCUGAUUCCCAUCACUGGAUAUUAUUGUCAGCUAUGUCAUGAAUUUUUUGGAGAUCAAAUCUCAGCAGAACAGCAUGUGAAAAGUCAUCCCCACAAUGAGAAAUAUAAGAAAUACAUAGAUGAAAACCCACUCUAUGAAGAGAGGAGAAAUCUAGACCGUCAAGCUGGAUUAGCUGUAGUCCUGGAAACAGAGCGCAGGCGGCAGAGUGAGCUGAAACGGAAACUGAUUGAGAAGCAGAAAGAAGAGAAGGAUGAGAAGAAAGCAAAAAUAAUAAAGAAAGAGGAAACAAAGAGCAUCCCAGAGCUUGGAGAAGGGACUAAUGAAAUUCAAGGAAAAAUAGAUUCUUCUGGGCGAAAAAUGGGUAUCAAACUUAAACUGAAAAAGGAAGAGAAAGAGGAGAAAAAGGAAGAAAAGAAAGAGGAAUCGAAAAAGGAAUCACCAAGUCAGUCUUCCUUUGGAAAAUUCAGCUGGAAAAAGACAGAGGAUAAAAACUCAGGAGCAGCUAUCUCAAAGGAAGAAAGUAUAGAAGGAAACAAAGAAAAAGAGGAGAACAAGUGUCAGUCUGGAAAACUCCAUGCCAAGCCCAUUGAAAUAAAGCUGUCUGGGAAAACUGUUAUUCCACACACUAGUCCAUGGACACCAGUUGUUUCCACAUCAACACAAGCAAAAAUUUUACCCAGCUUACCAGUCCCCACCAUGAUUUUCAGGAAAUCUGCUGCUGCAACAGUAAGCAAGCCAGCACCUUUGAACACCUUCUUAUCCAUAAAAUCUUCUGGAGCUACCACCAAACCACUGCCAGUGGUAAAAGAAACCAAUGCAGAUCUUCUUCUGCCUCCAGAUAUCAUCUCAAAAGCUUUUGGUGGAGAAGAGGUGAUUUUAAAGGGAACAGAGGAUGAUUCGAAAGCAGCAGAGAAAAAUGAGACUGCUCAGACUUCUGAUAUACCACCUCCACCCCCUCCUCCACCUGCAGUCCAGCAGGCUGCUGUCAUCCCUGCGGAUGAAGUAGCUCCAGGUGUGUCUGAAAGCGAACAGACGAUGCUGGCAAUGCCUGUGAGACCCCCUCCACCACCACCACCACCUACUGCUUUUAAUGAGCAGGCAAAAAAAGUAGAGAAACGAAACUCUUGCUUGGCAACAGCCAAUGCGAAAGAUCUCUAUGACAUUUUCUACAGUAGUGGUGGAAAGGGUUCAGCUGACAGCAAACCUGCAAAUUCAACACUUCUAAAUGGAGAAAACUCUACCCUAGCAAAAUCUGCAGACUUAUGUGCAUUUUCUAGAACAAGUAAUAGUUCAUACUCUUUGAAAGAGGAUUCCCAGAAUGCAGUUACUGAAUUUAGCCAAGUCCACUCAGCUGAAAGAAGCUCAGAACUAGAGAAAAUUGCAAUCCAGGAAACUUCAGUACUUCAUACUGAGAUGAGCACUGAUGUUGAAAAUGGAAUUCAGGACGCCAUAGGUCAAAAAUCCCAGACUCCUCUUUCAACAAACAUUCAGACUAAAUUGAAAGAGGAGGAUUCCUCACAGUGCAGUAAUCAAGUAAAAGGGAGUUGGGUUCUUGGUGAGAAUCAAGCAGAAAUGAGCAAGAAACCACUCCAGCUACAACAACCAGAAACACCAGUCACAAAAUGGCCUAAAUCAGAACCUGAUUCUGGUGUCCAGAUGCCUGCAGAAAUAAGACUUGUGGAUAAAGUGAGUGGAGAGCAAGUAGUCAGUCAGGAACCCUGUGAUCCACAUACAAUGGAGGUCCAAAAGGAAGUUGGACAGGGAGAUGCAAAUAAUACUGCAGUUACUGAAACAAAUAUCCGUGGUACCUUGGAGAAAGAUGCAGAGAUGAAAGACUGGGAAGUUAGAAGAGUAAAGUCUGAGCUUAGCUUAGAACACCUGAAGACUGCAUUGCCUGAAACACAGAAUGAAAUUCCGAAUCUGUCAGAUUUCCAUUUGGCAGAGGAAAAGUUAAGUGAAAGUUGUAGAACCAAUUCAGAUGCUGACAGUCCAGCCUUGUUCUGUGAUUCUGAAAACUCAUCAGAAGAAAAAGCUCUGCCAUCAAUGGCAGAGCAGAAUUCUGUUGAUGCCUGCUUAAAAGAUGUAAAAUUGAAAAGUGUUUCUUUGGAAGUAUCUCAGCCGGAGGUCCUUGGUGAAGGUUCCCAGAUUUCAGAAACACAAAAUAAGUUUUUAGAAUCGACAACAAGCCCAGGUGAUUUGGACGCUUCCAGAAUAAGUAAUAGAGAAGAACAGGUCAUCAUGCCUAGUUCUUGCUGUGAAAGUGGUUGGCAACGAUCACGUACUCCAGAUGUAGAAAUAAAAACUGAUUCUAAUGAAAUUAAUGCUUCAGAUUUGAAAGAGAAGCAGCCAGACAUAUGUCUCACCACAAGGCAAACUAGAGGUAGUGUGUUAGAAGCACAAGAAAAUGUUAGAUGUGAACCUUCAGGCCAUGCAGUAUUAGGUAACCAAACUCGUAAGGAGGAAGUCUCUUGGUUAGUCAACUCCUGCACAGCAAACAUUGUUGAACUCAGAUCCAGUGUAGAAUUAAUAGUUGAAGUUGGAAAAAAAUCUUUAGGACACACUGGAUCUGAUGCGAUAUUAGAUGAUGGUUUUGUCAAGAGAGAUGCAAAAGAAGUAGGGACUGUAAGCUUUUCUAGGACUCACUCUGAUGUCCAAGAGUCAAUAGUUGCUCUAUCAGAUUUCCAUACAGGGCAUCUUUCUGAAGGACCGAUCCACCCUACAGAAAUAAAGCAUGAGAUUGCAAGAACCUCAGCAGGCAACAACUUUCAUCUGAAUACCACUCACUUAGGAUUUAACACUGAACAAUCUGAAAGUAUCUCACUAAAUAUCAGUGUGGACAGUGAAAAAGAUUCCUUGAAAUCAGAAGACGUGAAGCAUAAUGAGAUUCCCUCUGAGAAAGCAGAACUGGAGUUCAAAAGCAUUGAUUUUCAUUUGGGAGAUUCUAAGGUAAAGCGUGAACACUUCAGUAUCUUUACAGCAGGCCUUUUAAAUGAGAAUACUGAAGUUGUCCCAAAACAAGAAAAUAUUGCAUCAAUUACACUGGAGCCCAGUAAGCCUAACAAGCUGGGCCUUGAAAAACCAGUGAAUGGAACAGAGGUUACUGAUUUUGUUACAUUAAGUUCUGGUAAUCAAGAAGAAAAGUUUUGCACCCUGAUUUCUAAAACAACUGUGUCACAACUUGGAUUGCAAUCCUCAAAUAGUAGUACUACAGAAGAGGUCAUGCCAGUUCUAGAAAUGCAAGGCGUUUCUCCCAUGUCUGAGAUACCUCUGCGAGUAGAGAGCAAAGAUGGCACUGCUGAAAUGCCAUCACUGAGCUGUGAUGGAGACAAUGCAGAAAGUGAGGUUUCUGGACAUGUGGAAACUUUCCUUCCUGGGCUCGAAAAAAUGCAUGGAAAAGAGGGUGGCUCAGGAGGCAAGGGAGUAUGCACCAUCCAGGAUAAGAAGACUGAGCAAACAGAAACUGCUGACGGUAGUUCGGAAACUACAAGAAAUUCAGGAGUUGCUGAAAGCUUAGCAGAAAGCCCAGUGGGUUGAAAUGAACCCAGCCUAUCCCAAUAUUUGCGGAGCCAGAGCUGGGAUUAUAUAUAUGUUUUUUGUUUUGGGUUUUUGUUUUUUGUUUUGUUUCAGUUGAGGGCUUCAGGUGUAUUUUGCAUCCUGCAGGAGGACUCGACUAAAGUGAAACUUUCGUCAUCAGAAACCAGACACACACUUUAUUCUGUACAUAAUUAAUUGUGUAAAAUGUUUUUUCAUGUGAAAUUUUUUGCCAAUUUAUUUUCUACACUCUGCUAUUAAAAUGGAAUCUCUCGUUUAUAAUGCGUGCGUCCUUGUUGUUUAUUUUGGGGGAUUUUAUUCUUUGACAAUUCUCGGAUGAUUUCCAGCUCACCCGAUUUCUGUCAGUAGCAUCGUGAGUAGCCCAGUCUCUGGAACAAGCUCAAGAACAGCCGUUCAGAAGUUAAGGAAAUGGAGACUCUUGCAGAAGAAAUAAAACUGAUAAUUUCUUUAAACUGUAAUGCAUGUUUUUUUUUGUUUGUUUGGUUUUUUUUUACUUGUUUGAAAUGCAAAAAGUGUGAUUAGAGGUUUUUUUGGUUUUAUCUGUCUCUGUGAUUUGCAAUUACUGUUGUAUUAUGUCUGUACUUAAGCUGUUUUAUUGUAUUGUAUAAGCACAUGUAUGGAUGCCACAUCAGUAAGCAAGGGGAGGAAAAACUAUCCUGGCUGACUUUUGGAGAAGAAGACUAAUCGGUAAGGCUCUGUGGCCUGACGCCUGGACCAUACAUAUUGAGGUCACUUACAUGAUUUGAAAUGGGCUUUAUUUCAUUGUACUGUGAUCCAGUAACUAUUUGUGUUAAAUCAUUUAGCAGCUGGCCAGCUCUGAAGAAGCAGAAGAUCAGAACCGUGGUGUCAGGAAUUGGACUCGCUUCAUGUGAUACAACACAUGCAUGCCUACCCUGAAUGGUCCUUGAGCUAUUAAAAGUUCUAGUGUGAUGGUUCUCAUUUGUAUAGCUUGUUAAAGAUUAAAGUAUUAAAUGUGUUUGCUUGGAUAAAUAUAACAUUUUUAUUUGUAAAUUGUUUAAAAAAAAUAAACAUAUGGUGGUCAACAA